GGACAACCUUGAACUAGCUCCAAGCUGGUGCAAAUACUAACACAAUUCGUUAUAGGCUGCCCAAUUUAUAGCAAAAUUUUAUCUAGUGGUUUUAUCUUGAGUGCAGAAGAGCGAUUUUACACCUUAGUGGCUUCUAAACCUGAGUGAAGCACUUAGCGAAUACUUGGAUUAUCUUUUCCACGAUCAAAACAAUUGAUUAGACCAGGGUAUAAAUAGAACGCAAACCGUCGCAGCUUUCAUACAGUGCUCGUGACACGAGUAGCUACUGAAGUUUAGUCAACAAAAUGUUUUGGAUACUGGUUGGGUUAGCACUAGUUGCCCUUUACUGGGCUCUCUCCCGCCCCCACAGCUACUGGAAAAGAAAGGGGGUGGUCCAGGGAAGUCCGGUUUUUCUUCUUGGAGACAGCUGGCCCAUGCUUUUCCGAAAAUACUCACCGCCGGAAAUGACAGAACUUUUUUAUAAAGCCAGUCCAAAUACAAGAUACUUCGGAAUUUACGAGUUUCUAACCCCUGGUUUACUACUAAGAGACCCCGACCUGAUCAAGCAAAUCACAGUCAAAGAUUUCGACCAUUUUGUCGAUCGACGACCGUUUGUGCCAGAAAAGGCUGAUCCCCUAUUUGGCAAAAGCUUAUUUUCUCUAAAAGGGCCAAAAUGGCGUGCGAUGCGCUCCACACUUAGCCCAGUUUUCACAAGCAGCAAAAUGAAAUAUAUGUUCCAACUGAUGUCCCAAACCGGUGAAAGAUUCAUCAAUCACUUCCUAAACCAAAAAGAAGAAGUUGUGACCGUUGAAAUGAAGGAAAUCACCACGAAAUUCGCCAAUGACGUAAUCGGAAACAUCGUUUUCGGCUACGAAUGCGACUCUGUCAAAGACCCGAAGAAUGAAUUUUACGUAAUGGGGGCCGAUCUAACUAAUUUCCGUUCUUUGCGAUUUCUGCUAGUCUUCAGCGCAAACAUGAUUGUACCAAAACUAUUAGCUUUGUUUAAAAUCCCAUUGUUCCCGAAAAAAGUCUCCGACUUCUUCGUAAGAGUGGUGAAUGAUAAUAUAGAAAGUCGCGAAAAACACGGAAUUGUGAGACCUGACAUGAUCCACCUACUGCUAAAAAUGAAGAGCAAUAAUUUGAAACACGAGGAAGUGGAGACUGUUCCCGACGCUGGUUUUGCCUCAGUCGAAGAAUCCGAACUUGGCAAAAACGCCAAAACAGUUACCAAAAUAACAAACGAGGACAUUGCUGCCCAAGCCCUCCUGUUCUUCUUUGCCGGCUUCGACAGCGUUUCUUCGCUCAUUUCUUACAUGGCAUAUGAACUAGCAGUGAACCCAGACGUGCAAACUAAACUGCUACAAGAAGUUGACGAAACGAGGCAAAAAAGUGAUGGAAAAAUCACCUACGAGGCUUUAAUGUCCAUGAAAUACAUGGACAUGGUCGUGUCAGAAGCGUUGCGAAAAUGGCCCAACGCCAUCGCCACCGAACGCGUCUGCACUAAACCAUACACAAUUGAGCCGAAAUUGCCCGAUGAGAAGCCUCUCCGGUUGGAAAUCGGAGAUGUGGUGGCGAUCCCGAUGUACGCCAUCCAGAGGGACCCUAAAUAUUUUCCAGAACCCGAGCGGUUUAUUCCAGAACGGUUUAGUGACGAGAAUAAAUCAAAGGUUCAACCGUACACGUUUAUGUCGUUUGGGACGGGACCAAGGAGCUGCAUCGGCUCCAGAUUUGCGCUCCUUGAAACUAAACUCCUGUUUUAUUAUUUUCUGACGAAUUUUGAGUUCGUUCCCGUUGAGAAAACGCAAAUACCGAUCAAAUUCAACCGGAAGGCGCUGAAUAUGUCGCCCGAAAAUGGCUUUUGGUUGGGCCUCAAACGGCGUGUGUAAUAUAAUCAUCUUAGGUAUUAGUGAUAAGGAUAAUGUAUCGAUAUUUUUGUACGAAAAUAAAUAAAUCAAAUAAAUAUCCAACCAAUA